GGAGUCAGCAUGCCACGUGGCUGGGCCGCCCCUCUGCUCCUGCUGAUGCUCCAUGGUGCCUGUGGUUGCUCAGACCUUGUCUGCUACACCGAUUACUUCCAGACCGUCACCUGCAUCCUGGAGACAUGGACACUCCACCCCAGCACACUCACCCUCACCUGGCAAGACCUGUACGGAGAACUGGAGGAUCAGGUCACCUCUUGCAGCCUCCACCGGUCCACCCACAAUGCCACGCAUACAAAAUACACGUGCCACAUGGAUGUGUUCCGCUUCAUGGCCGACGACAUUUUCAGUGUCAACAUGACAGACCAGUCUGGCAACCACUCCCAGGAGUGUGGCAGCUUUGUCCUGGCUGAGAGCAUCAAACCAUCUCCUCCUUUCAACGUGACUGUGACCUUCUUGGAGCAUUAUAACAUCUCCUGGAGCUCCAGUUAUGAUUCGUACCCGCUCGCGGGCAAACUUCAGUACGAGCUGCAGUACCGGAAGCGGGGAGACCCCUGGAGCCUGAGUCCAGGGAGAAAGCUGAUCUCAGUGGAUUCAAGAAGCGUCUCCCUCCUUCCCUUGGAGUUCCACAAAGGCUCCGUCUAUGAGCUGCAGGUGCGAGCAGGGCCCCAGCCUGGCUCCUACUUCCAGGGGACCUGGAGUGAGUGGAGUGACCCCGUCAUCUUUCACACCCAGAGGGAUGGGAUAAAAGGAGGCUUGUACCCUGACCUGCUGUAUCUCUUCCUGGUCAUCACUCUCCCCGUCCUUGUCUACUUAGGUCUGAAGAUCCGCCUGCCUUGGAGGCUGUGGAAGGUGUGGGUGCAGGUGCCCAGCCCAGAGUCAUUCUUCCAGCACCUGUAUGUGGGCCACAGCGGAAACUUCAAGAAGUGGGUGGGCACACCCUUCACUGCCUCCAGCCUGCAGCUGGGCCCCUGGAGCCCAGAGGUGCUCUCGACCCUGGAGACGGACAGCUGCUGCCCACCGCUGGGCGCAGCCCCGGGGCUGAUGACCACGGUGCUGCCAGAGCCUGUGGAUCUGCUGGAAGCCGACAAGGUGCCCGAGCUGGACUGCUGGGGGCCCGGCCCCUCCACCGCAGGCAGCUUGGGCAGCUCAGCUUACAGCCAGGAGGGAGACCGGCCAUAUGGCCUGGUAUCCAUCGACACAGUGACUGUGGUGAAUGCAGAGGAGCCAUGCACCUGUCCCUGUACCUGUGGGGAAGAUGGCUAUCCAGCCUUGAAUCUGGACACGUGCCUGGAGCCUGGCCUGGAUGCAGAGGACCCGCUCUUACACACUGAUGCCACAGUCCUGUCUUGUGGCUGCGUUGCAUCUGGUGGCCCUGCUAGGCUUGGGGGCCCCCUGGGCAGCCUCUUCGACAAACUAAAGCUGCCCUUGGAAAAUGAGGCUGGUUGGGUGCCAGGGCCACCUUGGUGCGGUGGGCUGUCCAGAGGGGUGUCUGACAGUGAGGAGGGCUCACCUCCCGCUGGCCUGGACAUGGACACGUUUGACAGCGGCUUCGCAGGCUCUGACUGUGGCAGCCCUGUGGAGUGUGACUUCACCGGCCCCAGGGACGAGGGGCCCCCAAGGAGCUAUGUCCGACAAUGGGUGGUGAUGGCCCCUCCACCUGCAGGACCCGGACCCCAGGCCAGCUAG